AGGUGAAAGGUCACGCUGCUAUUUGGCGGCCAUUUCUCUGGAAUCUACGCGGGUGGGACCCUGCUGUGGCUACUCCAGUCACGAGGGUCGGACGACAGCUGGGUCGGCGGCGAGUAGCCUGCAGCAUUUGCUCACUACUGCAGCAGUAGUCGCGAUGAGUUUGCCCCUCAAUCCCAAACCUUUCCUCAAUGGAUUAACAGGAAAGCCAGUAAUGGUGAAGCUUAAGUGGGGAAUGGAGUACAAAGGCUACCUGGUGUCUGUAGAUGGCUAUAUGAACAUGCAGCUUGCAAACACAGAAGAAUACAUAGAUGGAGCAUUAUCUGGACAUCUGGGUGAAGUUUUAAUAAGGUGUAAUAAUGUCCUUUAUAUCAGGGGUGUUGAAGAAGAAGAAGAAGAUGGGGAAAUGAGAGAAUAGCAUCUUUCGGGGGGAAUUUUUUUUAUAUAUAUUUGUAGACAAUAAAGAUUUGUUUGUUUUUCAACUUGACUGUGAGCUAUUCAUAUUCAGAUAUUUACAUGCAGAGCUCAAAUGUUGAAACAGUUGAAAAAUUAUUCACAGAACUAAUGCUUUAAAAGCCCCCCAACUUUAUUCAAGUUGGUUUUCAUGUGAGCCCAAUGCUGUAUUUUUUUCUAUAAGGGAAAUUUAUUUAUAUGCUCUAUAAAUGUUUAUGAAAGUCAGUUUUAGCCCUUUUAAUUGUAUAUUAACGGAGACCUUUUAAAAGCAACUGUUUCUUUUAAAGUUAUUUUUGAGCCACUUUUGACACAUAUAAAGUUAAAUAUUUUCUUAGAGUUAAUA